AGACCCCGGCGUCCGGCGUGGGCUUGAGGGUCCCUGCAGCCAGCCAGUUCUCUCUCCCCUCUGUCGCUCCCAGUGUGUCUGUCUGUCUGUCUUCAUAGCGCACGCUCCUCCUGGUCCGGGCUUGCACCUUGAUUCUGGGUUUGGCUCGGUUUGCAGCCCGAGCGUCGCCUCCAGCUAGAGAAGGGGGUCCGAGUAGCCCCUCGACCACCAACCAUGUGGGCAUCCUGGAUCCCGGUCCUCUGCCUCGGUGUCUGCCUGCUGCUGCCGCCGGAGCCCGUAGGCAGCGAGGGAGCCGUUCCCAUCGCUAUCACAUGCUUUACCAGAGGCCUGGACAUCAGGAAAGAAAAAGCAGAUGUCCUCUGCCCAGGCGGCUGCCCUCUGGAGGAGUUUUCCGUGUUUGGGCACAUAGUGUAUGCGUCUGUAUCAAGCGUAUGUGGUGCCGCUGUCCACAGGGGGGUAAUUGGCAACUCAGGAGGACCUGUGAGAAUCUAUAGCCUGCCAGGUCGAGAAAACUAUUCCUCAGUAGUUGCCAAUGGCAUCCAGUCUCAGACGCUUUCCAGAUGGUCUGCUUCUUUCACAGUGACAAAAGGCAAAAGUGGUACCCAGGAAGCCACAGGACAGGCAGUGUCCACAGCACAUCCAGCAACAGGUAAACGACUAAAGAAAACACCGGAGAAGAAAACUGGCAAUAAGGACUGUAAAGCAGACAUUGCGUUUCUGAUCGAUGGAAGUUUUAAUAUCGGGCAACGCCGAUUUAAUCUACAGAAGAAUUUUGUUGGGAAAGUGGCUCUAAUGUUGGGAAUUGGAACCGAAGGACCACACGUGGGCCUUGUUCAAGCCAGUGAACAUCCUAAAAUAGAAUUUUACUUGAAAAACUUUACAUCAGCCAAAGAUGUUUUGUUUGCCAUAAAGGAAGUGGGUUUCAGAGGGGGUAAUUCCAAUACAGGAAAAGCCUUGAAGCAUACCGCCCAGAAAUUCUUCACUGCAGACACUGGAGUGAGAAAAGGGAUUCCCAAAGUGGUGGUGGUAUUUAUUGAUGGCUGGCCUUCUGAUGACAUCGAGGAAGCAGGCAUUGUGGCCAGAGAGUUUGGCGUCAAUGUAUUUAUAGUUUCUGUGGCUAAGCCUAUCCCCGAGGAACUGGGAAUGGUUCAGGAUGUUGCAUUUGUUGACAAGGCUGUCUGUCGGAAUAACGGCUUCUUCUCUUACCACAUGCCCAAUUGGUUUGGCACCACAAAAUACGUGAAGCCUCUGGUACAGAAGCUCUGCACGCAUGAGCAGAUGAUGUGCAGCAAGACCUGUUAUAACUCAGUGAACAUUGCCUUUCUGAUUGAUGGCUCCAGUAGUGUUGGAGAAAGUAAUUUCCGCCUCAUGCUUGAAUUUGUUUCCAACAUAGCUAAGACUUUUGAAAUCUCAGACAUUGGUGCUAAGAUAGCUGCAGUACAGUUCACCUAUGAUCAGCGCACAGAGUUCAGUUUCACUGACUACAGCACCAAAGAGAAUGUCCUAGCUGUCAUCAGAAACAUCCGCUACAUGAGUGGUGGGACAGCUACUGGGGAUGCCAUUUCCUUUACUGUUAGAAAUGUGUUUGGUCCCAUGAGAGACAGCCCCAACAAGAACUUCCUGGUAAUAGUCACAGAUGGGCAGUCCUACGAUGAUGUUCGAGGGCCUGCUGCUGCUGCACAUGAUGCAGGUAUCACCAUCUUCUCUGUUGGUGUGGCUUGGGCACCUCUGGAUGACCUGAAAGAUAUGGCCUCUAAACCAAAGGAGUCGCAUGCUUUCUUCACAAGAGAGUUCACAGGAUUAGAACCAAUUGUUUCUGAUGUGAUCAGAGGCAUCUGUAGAGAUUUCUUAGAAUCCCAGCAAUAAUCGUGACAUUUUGACAACUGAAAGAAAAAGUGCAAGGGGAUAUAAUGUAUAAGUUGUAUUCUAGUAAUACUGAAAUACUACAUAGCAUACUAAAAUCAGAGAAAACUAUUAAAGAUGGCAAAAAUGUAAGCAAAUAAGCAUUCAUUUAAAGAUACCUUCUAAUUACAUUUUAGGCUUGAUUGUUCAGAACGCUUUAUAAUCACAAUCCUUAGAAACUCAGGAAAGAGACAGUGUAGAUUAUUAAGAGUUCUAUUUUAACAUGCAUAUUAAAUGUAUAAAUAUGCAAAUUCUAUAUAGCUCAAUAAAAGAACUUGAUAUUUAGAC